AUGGCUGGUAGAAAUGAUCGUGCGAUUGCUGAUGCUCUUCAGGCAUUAGCACAAGCUAUGAAUAAUAAUAAUAGGGUUGGAGUCGCUCCUAACUGGUUGGAGCAAUUUCAGCAAAAUCACCCACCUACCUUUAAAGGAGGAUAUGACCCAGAUGCUUCUAUGAAUUGGCUAACGGAGAUCGAGAAGAUCUUCAUUGUCAUGGAUUACAUUAGGCGGCUGAUUGAUGGAGGGGUGCACUUGAAUUGGGACAACUUCAAGAAGGUCUUUCUUGAGAAGUAUUUCCCGGAUGAUGUGAGGAGUCGGAAAGAAAUGGAAUUCCUUGAACUGAAUCAAGGGAACGACACAGCGGCAGACAUUUAUGAUCGUGACAACUGUGCUCGUGCUGCUUUUUAUAAAGGAGUUGGAGGUCCUAUUUGUGUUGUGAUCUCUAGUACUAUGGGUAGGAAUAAGCCUUACUCCGCUCCUAGUAGAUUUCAAGGGAGUAAAGUUGCUGCUAGUGGAAGCAAGUCAUUUACUAGAGGAUCCAUUGUUAGUGCUACUAGAAGUGUUGGAGGGUCUAUGUCCACUCCUUCCAGAAGAUGCAGAAAGUGUGGGCGUGUUGGUCAUAAUCAGUCUGAGUGUCGUGACAAAGAGGUUACCUGCUUUAAUUGCAGUGGUAAGGGUCACAUCAGCACCCAAUGUCCUGAACCACCAAGAACACGUGUUAUUGGAUCGGGUUCACAAAUUGAGCGUCCAAAGACUGUAGGGAGAGUAUUUGCUCUUAGUGGUGCUGAAGCUACUUGGUCAGAAAAUCUAAUACAAGAUUUUGAUUUAGUUGUUGAAACCCAUACUAAUGGUCCUGUGACUACAUCCCUAGUGUGUUUGAAAGUCCUUUGA